UCUCUCUCUCUCUGCCGCUCCGCCCUCUUCCUUCCUCCUCCCAUCGUGCCUUGCGGCGGCAGGCGACGCCAGCAGGCCGUUAAGAGCCGCUCGCGCCGGAGGCAGGCUCGCGCCGGGCCUCUCUCCCUCUCUCUUUCCCCCCCCUCCCCGCCGUUUCCAAGGAGACGCGAGAGUCCCCGCCGCCGCCUCGCCGCCAUGUCGGCCCAGGCCCAGAUGCGAGCGCUGCUCGACCAGCUGAUGGGCACGGCCCGGGACGGAGAUGAAACCAGACAAAGGGUGAAGUUUACAGAUGAACGGGUCUGCAAGAGCCAUCUUCUGGACUGUUGUCCUCACGAUAUCUUGGCAGGGACGCGUAUGGACCUUGGAGAGUGUACCAAGAUUCAUGAUUUGGCGCUGAGAGCAGAUUACGAGAUUGCAAGCAAAGAGAGAGACCUUUUCUUUGAGCUGGAUGCGAUGGAUCACUUGGAAUCUUUCAUUGCUGAGUGUGAUAGAAGAACAGAACUGGCUAAAAAACGACUUGCAGAAACCCAGGAGGAGAUCAGCGCUGAAGUGGCUGCAAAGGCAGAGAAAGUGCACGAACUCAACGAAGACAUUGGGAAGCUCCUGGCUAAAGCUGAGCAGCUAGGAGCUGAAGGGAAUGUGGAUGAAUCCCAGAAGAUCCUGAUGGAAGUGGACAAAGUCCGUGCAAAGAAGAAAGAUGCAGAGGAGGAAUACCGCAAUUCUAUGCCUGCAUCCAGUUUCCAGCAACAGAAGCUGCGUGUUUGCGAGGUUUGUUCUGCAUACCUCGGUCUCCAUGACAACGAUCGUCGUCUGGCUGAUCAUUUUGGGGGCAAAUUGCAUUUGGGCUUCAUUCAGAUCCGUGAGAAAUUGGACCAGUUGCGGAAAACCGUAGCUGAAAAACAGGAGAAGAGAAAUCAAGACCGGUUGAGAAGGAGAGAAGAAAGAGAGCGGGAAGAACGUGUGGGACAACGAUCUGGAUCAAGAAAUCGAGAUCGCAGAAGAUCGCGAUCCCGAGAGCGGAGGCGCCGACGUUCCCGCUCCCUUUCCCGCGAGAAGCGGAAAUCCCGUUCCAAGUCUCGGGAACGAGAGAGGCACCGACGCCACCGCAGCCGUUCCGGGAGCCAUAGUCGGGGUCACCGACGUGGAUCCAGAGACCGGAGUUCCAAGCAUAAGCCUGCAAAUCCCGUUUUCCCCAGUGUAAGAGACGACUUCCCUGCUUCUUCGAACAUUUUUCGUUUCUGCCGAAGGCAUGCCGUUCACUUAUAUGGAUUGGACUCAGAAGGAGAGGAUCCUCUAGGGAUCGAUCUUCAAGAGAGAAAUCUCGGGACCGGGAGAAGAAAGAGAAGAGUUCGUCUGAACGGCGGCACGAGAGCACCAAUGGCAAAUCUCGCUCCAAGAGGUCGGAGGAGAGGGAAGCUGGCGAGAUCUGAGCUCCCGCCACGAGACCCUUCUUGUACUGUAAAUAGUCUUGAGAAGCAUUCUACACGGCCCAAAUCUCUCAUUUAUAUUAACGGAAGACAGCACAUCCUUUUGUAGUUCUGAAUUUCUUAUCGUUUCUGCAGCUAGCAAUGACAGUUCCCUGCCCAUUGACCCAAACUUUGAUUUUAUUAAGCCUAAAGAGAUCCAGCAGCCAGGGAUCCACCCAGAUUAAUACCUUAGAAGCAGAACGCAGCUGCUGGAAAGCAAUCCUACGAGAAGGGAUUGCCAUCUGCUUUAAAAACACACACACACACACACACACACACACACACACAGUAUCCUCACCUGCUCACUUUAAAGCAUCACUUGCAUUUCUGUAGCCAAGUUAAGUUUGUACCCUAACUGAAAGAACUUCAAGAGAUGGGGAUGCCUUUGGCCUCUCCUGUAAACCUCUUCAUUUAGGGCAGUGGUUCUCAACCUUUCUAAUGCCGCGACCCCAUAAUAUAGUUCCCCAUGUUGUGGUGACACUUAUACAUCACCGGGUGCCAGGGGCAUGGCCAAAGAAAAGGGGAAAAAAAUGGCGGACAGCCUUGUUUGGCGACCCCCGUGAAAUGGUCGUUCGACCCCAAAUGGGGUCCCGACCCACAGGUUGAGAACCACUGCUUUAGGGGUUUCCUAUUCCGUAUUUUUCAAACAUUCAACUCUGUGUAAACAAGUCAGCAGUUUAAUUGACAUGCACCCUUGUUGAAAUUUGGGGACAAGUUGCUUCAACUGGAUAGGGUUUUUCGUUUUUAGGGUCAUUGUAUCUGUAGUCUGGUGAAGUUAACACGGCGUUCUAAUUUAAAUGAUGAUUGGAUUAUUUUGCUCAGCGCUCUGCUCUUCGGUGUAGUUUCUUACACCUUGCCUAUUCUUCAGCCUAUUCAUUUAUUACCAAAUCUUACCUUUGGAAAGGAUUUGGGUUCCUGAAUUUGGUUCACGUGUCCUAGUUUGUCACUUAACAAGGAACCUCAUCAAAGACCCUGUUGAGAGGUGUCCUCCCGGGGCGGAUGAUCCCCAGAAAUCUAUUUGGUCAAAAACUCGGAUAGUGCUGCACUUUCCGUGAUAAACUAAACAUUAUAGGUUGGUAAGAAAUCAGUGAGAUAACGGACCAUAAUCUGCUGUUGCUAUGAUCUGCUUAAAAGUUACAACAGCUUGAAUUUUAAUAAAUGACCACUGAAAGCGGAUCAAAGUUAAUAGCAGGCACCCCAAGUCUAGUAAACUGGGGAAAACGUUUGUUCCGCUUCUAUAUCUCCUCCCUUUUGCCCCUUUUUUGGCUUCAUCCCCCAAAUUGGAGAGAUUAACAGAAUUGUCCUAAUCCUAAUGCCGAGUUUUGAGUUUCUUUCCUCUUUUGCUAUCACUGCUACUUUUUCUGAUAGAGCAACGUGGGCACGGAUCUUCAUGCAUAGGAUUGCAUGGAUAGAAGCAGAGACAUUUGCUGUGAGAAGGUGCCCCCGCCCCAGAUUCAAAGUCACAGAGAGAUCCCAUUGGAACAGCUCAUUCCCAGGAAUUUUAAAUCUACAACAGCUCAUUCCCAGGAAUUUUAAAUCUAAAGCAGCUCAUUCCCAGGAAUUUUAAAUCUAAAACAGCCCAUUCCCAGGAAUUUUAAAUCUCACCACACACCUUAAAAGGUUGAUGGGUCCAGGAGAAGAAAACUGGCAAGGCAAAUCACGUGAAAUGUACAAAGCAUUAGGAACCCAUCCCUUCCGUGAGGAUUUUUAUGUUCAGUAUUUGCAGCUGAGCCGUUUGAUCUGUGACAGCACUUCCUCCCUUCCCCACCCCUCAUGUUCUCCCCUUCCUCCCAUGUCUUUUGAGGAGUUUUGGUCUAAGUAACAAGAUGUAAGUCAAGUGCUGUUGUCCUGCCAGUCUGAUUCACAUUAAAAGCUUAUCUUUGUGACUUGGCGUGCUCAAUGAUCUAUUUGAGGGUCCUAUCACUGUUUAAAAUGUCUUGAAAAACAAGGUCCUAGCUACAUCAGCACAGAGAAAGAGAAAUCUACUGAAGCUUGCUCUGGGGCAAUGCGAUGAGUAUCUCUACCCCAUAAGAUGCUCUCUUUGUAUUUACACAUUCCUGAAUUGUAAACCCUUGGUAGAGUGCUGAGUAUUUCUGUUAUAUUAUAACAAGGACCAGCCAUAAAAAACGGGCUGUCGGUCUGCAGUACCGUAUAGAACAGCUUCAGCUAACAUCUGUAUCAGGGGUGUCCAACCUUGGCCACUUUAAGACCUGUGGACUUCAACUCCCAGAAUUCCCCAGCCAGCCAGUUGGCUGGGGAAUUCUGGGAAUUGAAGUCCGCGGGUUUUAAAGUCGCCACGGUUGGACACCCCUGAGUUUUAAGAGUUGGAAGUAGGUUGGAAGGAGGAAGCUACAACUUCAGCUGAAAAACGUAAAAAUUCCAGUUUUCUGGUUCCCGCCUAAAAACACACGUAACACAAGCUUUAUAUGCUUUUUGUUUGUUUGGAGGAUGAAUUAGCCACUCCACUUCAAUUAGAUUGGGAAGCAUCCUGGCAUGUUAGUUUCCAUUAAAUUCUGUUUGAAGAGGAAUCCUUUUGUUUGUGUUGUUGCACAUCAUGGGCAUCGCCCAGGUCUGCUACUUCGUGCUAGCAGCUCUUGAUAUUUUGCCCCCCAGGUCUUCUCAUUGGGCCAUACUAGGUAUUUACUCUGAGGCUCCUAAAAAUAACCAGUGCUCUGAAUUGAGGGUGAGCCUAUUGGUUCAUCUUGAUUUUGGUGACACGUUGUUUUGUCCAGAGGAGAUUGGGGCUGAUUUGGCUAUCCAAAUAAAACAAUUUUAAAAAUCGUUUCA